AUGGCAUUCGUUGCCGUGCCUGUGCAGGGAGCUACGUCCCCCUCGUUGGGGGCCGGAGUCCGUUCAUCCACUUCUCCGUCUUUGCGGCAACAAAGACCUGACAACGAUGCAUGUGGGCUGCUGAUCGCUUUGGUAUCCUCUGUGUCCAUCGUGCUGGUCAGCAGAGGACAAGGACGGAUGUGGAGCAAGGCGCGCAGCCGCACGGUCAUGGGCAGCAAGCCAGAAGCAGAUGUCGAGGAGCGCCUUCGAGAAGUGGAGAGCACGAUGUCCAUGGAUUCUGACGAAGACAAUAUCUUGCAAGCAGAUCUCGAAGGCAUCGAGACGCAGAAGGGAACUGCUGGACUUCGUUAUUCAGAGACCCGCAGCCUGCCACGCUUUUUGUUCCUGCGUGAGCCCGACUACCGCGCCUUUGCUGCGAACGUUCCUGGGGAUUUGGGCUUUGACCCUCUCGGUCUUUGCACAGACGUGCGGAAAUUCGUUGAAUAUCGCGAGGCAGAGCUGAAGCACGGCAGGUUGGCAAUGUUCGCGGCAGUUGCUUGGCCACUGGCCGAGAUCGUCGAUGAGAGCAUCGUCGGCUCUGACUCCAAUGCUGUCGACUUUCUCGCCGAAACGGGUGGAAAGAUGCUUCCGCAGCUUGGAGAGAAUGACACAUUCGUGGAAGUCUUUGCUGCCAUUGUGUUGGCCAUAGGCGGUGCAGUGGAGCUCUUUCGUGGUGAAGGCAAAGAUGGAAACGAACCCGGAGACAGUGGCUUCGACCCGUUGAAACUGAAAUCUUGGCAGCCACCGACCGUGUUCCGCACUUUCUUGCCAGAGAAUCGGCCAUGGAUGGGUGAGGCUGAGAUUCAGCACUCACGCUUGGCUAUGCUGGCAGUCCUGUAUGACAUCUCGGUGGAGUUCUUCACACCAAACCCAGUGGUGGAGGAUACGGAGUAUAUCUUCCACAGGAUCGAUGCCAAACUUCUGAGGUGGGACUACUGGGCCUUGCAGCCAAGCAUUCUGGACGCAGGGCCAGAUGUGCAGAUUUAG